GCAGUGAAUUGUGGGAUAGAAAUUCACAGACAUGGCGUCUCGUGCGCUUCCCUACUGUGUGCGCUCCGUCGCUCGCGCCGCUGCAAGGUUAAACCAUGGCAGCUUGCUCACCAGAUCUGCGUGCGCGCCCCUCGUCCCAAAGCAGCGCCCGCUCUCUGUCCUUUCAUGCAGCCAGCGGACGAGGUGGACUCAACUAGUGCGGAUUUCAGGCCCGUCUGUUGAUCAGUGUCGACACUAUGGGGAUCUUCCACCCCUCACUUUACAGAACAUCGAAGAGCGCGUCAUGUACGUCCUUAAACUGUAUGACAAGAUCAGUCCAGAGAAGCUGCAAACAUCAUCUCAUUUCAUGAAAGAUCUGGGGCUGGACAGCUUGGACCAGGUGGAGAUUAUAAUGGCUAUGGAAGAUGAGUUUGGAUUUGAGAUCCCAGAUGCAGAGGCCGAGAAGCUUAUGACUCCUGCGGAGAUCGUACAGUUCAUUGCAGAUAAAAAAGACGUGUAUGAAUAGAACCAAGUUAUAUGGUAUGGAGGAUUGACUCUGACUCAGUUUCUGUCAUACCACUUUCUUGUCUCUUGCUUAUGGAGUUAACUGCAUUGUUGUGUUUAAUGAAAAUGCCACUAUAAACUCUUGGGAACUUGAGCUGAAAAUAAAGCCAAGAUUAAAUUAUAAUUCUUUGGUUUGUCAUGCCCCAAGUGAAGCCUCUAGUGUGUGGGGAGUGUUACUGCAACUUAAGUUCAAGGUCAGUGCAAGAACUUAACACUGCUGUGAAAUAUUCUCAUCAGAAUACUGCAUCUUUUCACCAGUUUAAAAUGAACAAGCCUAAGUAAAUCAUAGGAUGAUUUUAAAAUGUGUGGAGCUUUCAAAACCUUGUUGGGCACUCGUUGACGUACUGAGGCAGAUUUCCCACAAUUUUUAAUUUAUGUUUCCAAGACUGUUUGCUUAUGCUCCCUGGAUAAAGGUUUUAAAAAUUCAGGCUGGUUUACUAAAGAACCGGUUUGUCCAAUAAUUUUUUUUAAUAGCAUAACUAUUGAAUAAUAAAAAAAAAAGUAAUUUUUUUAGGUCUGUCCAUGACUGAAAACACUCAGAUCUAUUUGAAAAGUAUUUUUUGGAAAUUCAUUUGGCACAGAAAUGACAUUUAAUAUUUCACUGCUCUUAAAUGAUGGCAUUAGCAUGUGGCAUCUCACAAGAUGGUUUAUAAUAACAUUACAAAGAUACCACAUUUGAAAGUAUGUCACCCAUGAAUUAUUCUGCAAUGACCAAUAAUGGCAGGAUUACUGAACUGAAGCAAUUUGAAUGAUCCCGCAUUCAUGUAGAAUAAAACUUUUUAUAGCCA